GUUCGUGCGGUUAUAUAGGCUUCUACCUACAAGAUCAUCUCAUGGCAGAAAGAUUAACCAUAAAUGCCGUUACCAGCGAAACCAAAGAAUGGACAGUUAAGGUGCAAGUCGUCGAUAAGGGCCGACCUAGAGAUAACCUGCAAAAAACCAAUAAGUAUCAACUCAUGAUUCUUCAAGAUGAAGAGGAAACACAAGUCCAAGGAAUUAUGUAUGGCAGCGAUAUAAAGAGUUAUGCUGAAUUGUUUCUUCCAUACCAUACCUAUUUGAUAUCAGUUGCAAGUGUUACCGAAUCAAACCAUGCAUAUGGAAUUCCAAUCAACACUUUCCUUUGGACAAUUGACAAAGGCACUCUCAUUGAACCAAUAGAAGAAGUUGAGCCACCAGAAGAUUCACUGCCACCACCAACACGGCUUACUGUUACAAUGUUCGACAGCUUCCAUCACCAACCCGAAGGAUUAGAAUUUGAUGUCCUUGCCAUUGUGGUUAACGUCGCCUUGCCAACAUGUGCAGCUAAUGGAUCAAGAAUUCAAGAAUUGAUUAUAAUGGAUAAUCAGAAGAAACCCAAAAAGCUUACACUUUGGGAAAGCUUCAUUGAUCAUGUUGGAAUAUAUAUUGCGGAACAACUUAAUCAAUAUCCAAUUAUCCUGGCCAGAAAAAUUGCAAAAUCAAAAUCAUAUGCAGGAUUAACAAGCAGGUUUGCCACAACAAUUCAAAUCAAUCCUCCAUACCCACAGGUUGCUGCACUCAGAAAAUGGGCCACAUCAAAUGAACAAUUGCUGAUAGCAUACACCAAAAAGAGUAUAACUUCAACGGGUUCUCUUCAGCUUAUUCCUUUUGAAGAUGAGAUCAUAUCAAUUACCGAUGCACAUCAACAUCUUCCGGUAAGAACAAAUGCAAAUUCCACAGAUCAUCAUGUUGUAUGUUUCUUCACACUUUCCCACAAUCUUCCAGGGCCAAAUAGUUUGCAUACAAGCUGAAUUUUCGCUAUUGGAUGAAAAUCAACAAUUCUAUAUUUUAGCCUGUUCAACAUGCAAACAAAUCUUUACUAGGCUUCGUUCACAGAGGAGAUUCUAUUGUGCAACUUGUCGCCGUUCCGCAAAUCUUAU